GGACAACCAGAGGCAAAGUUAGUUUUGACCCCAGCUUCUGCGGUGCGUCUCGGAUAGCUUUCCUCGGAACUAGUGACAGGUCGGGGCAGCUGGUGGGUGAAAAGGAGCUUUAGCCCCCAGUCCUGAACCCCCAGUUCUCACACUCGGGCGUGCACCAGCUGCGUGAUCCUGGGUCCGUCCCUCCACCCGGCUCUGGACCUCCCAGGUUCCAGCAGGAGGAAGUGAACCAGAUUAAUUCCACGCUGCCGUUGCCCUUUCUCACUUAAAACGCCGGAAGGUGAGAGCUGGCAGGUGAGCGCAGGCUGCAGGUCGCCACAGGUGUUCCCAUCGCAUUGGCCUCUGCAGUUUCUCUCCCUGCAAGAAAGAACUUGGGAGUAAGAGAAGCGAAUUGCUUUAAAGAGUGCACUGGUUCCUCGGUUGGGGCUCGUAACCCACGAACCCUGGGGAACAGGAGGCCAAAGCAAGGAGGUUCCAUUUCCCGCCUCACCUGCUUCCCACAAAUUCUGACAGUUCAGCUGAGUCGGACCCCCUAAGACUUCGUAAGUUGGAAACGCAGUGGGGCUUUUCCAGAGUCCUCCCUGCUGCUGUGUGGACGACACGUGGGCACGGGCAGACGUGGGCCCUGUGACCAGCUGCACUAGUUUCGUGGAAGGAAGCUCCAGGACUGGCAGGAUGGGCUCAGCCUGUAUCAAAGUCACCAAAUACUUUCUCUUCCUCUUCAACUUGAUCUUCUUUCUCCUGGGCGCAGUGAUUCUGGGCUUCGGGGUGUGGAUCCUGGCCGACAAGAGCAGUUUCAUCUCUGUCCUGCAAACCUCCUCCAGCUCGCUCAGGAUGGGGGCCUACGUCUUCAUCGGCGUGGGGGCAGUCACCAUGCUCAUGGGCUUCCUGGGCUGCAUUGGUGCCGUCAACGAGGUCCGCUGUCUGCUGGGGCUGUACUUUGCCUUCCUGCUCCUGAUCCUCAUUGCCCAGGUGACAGCCGGGGUCCUCUUCUACUUCAACAUGGGCAAGCUGAAGCAGGAAAUGGGCGGCAUCGUGACCGAACUCAUUCGAGACUACAACAGCAGUCGCGAGGACAGCCUGCAGGACGCCUGGGACUACGUGCAGGCUCAGGUGAAGUGCUGCGGCUGGACCAGCUUCUACAACUGGACGGACAACGCUGAGCUCAUGACUCGCCCCGAGGUCACCUACCCCUGUUCCUGCGAAGACAAGGGGGAAGAGGACAACAGCCUUUCCAUGAGGAAGGGCUUCUGCGAGACUCCCGGCAACAGGACCCAGAGUGGCAACAACCCUGAGGACUGGCCUGUGUAUAAGGAGGGCUGCAUGGAGAAGGUACAGGCGUGGCUGCAGGAGAACCUGGGCAUCAUCCUCGGCGUGGGCGUGGGCGUGGCCGUCAUUGAGCUCCUGGGGAUGGUCCUGUCCAUCUGUUUGUGCCGGCACGUCCAUUCCGAAGACUACAGCAAGGUCCCCAAGUACUGAGGCAGCUGCUGUCCACAUCUCCCGGCCCGGCCCCCAACCUCAGGGCUCCCAGGGGUCUCCCUGGCUCCCUCCUCCAGGCCCACCUCCCACCUCACUGCAAAGAUCCCCUUGCCCGCCCUGACUGAAAGUAGGGGGCUUUCUGGGGCCGGGCGAUCUCUCCUGGCCUAUCCGCUGUCAGCCUUGGGCCCUCGUGUUCUGUGGUUCCUCUGCUCACCGCCCAUCAGGGUUCUCUUAGCAACUCAGAGAAAAACGCUCCCCGCAGCGUCCCUGGCGCAGGUGGGCUGGACUUCUACCUGCCCUCAAGGGUGUGUGUAUAUUGUAUAGGGGGCAACUGUAUUAAAGAUUGGGAGGGGGGUGUUAGAAAAGGCACCCUGGGCUGUCAGGAGACUGCCUACUGGGCGGGUCAACUUAUUUCCACUAUGACAUUUAUAUCUUUGUUUUUUCACAAUUAUAUUGAAGGCAGUGGGAGAGGGUGGGUUUUACCUGAUAUUAAGGGGUAGCACCCCUUCCCCAGGCCUGAUGCAGGUCCAUCUAGACAGCUCAGAUUAGCCUGGGCCAUGCCCUGGGGACAGGGCUUAGGGGAGCUGGGUCGGAGGGGGUCUGCCUGGGUAACGAGAUCUAGCUUGGCCCUGAGCUGCUUAGGGACAGGUGAGUCCUUGGGGGCAUGGCACAGAGCUGGCCCUGUGUUUUCCAGGGUCCUGAGCUGUCCAGGGACAGGGAGGAGGAGGAUGGCUUCUCCUGGGAGAAGGUGGGCUGGCCUUUCUUGGCAAGCUGUCCUCUGGCCCCUGGGGAGUGGGGUGGGUGAGGCUGUGCCUUGUAGGGGGGAGAGGGGAGGGGGCUCUGUGUGCACCGUUCUGUAAAACACACUCAAGAUUCUAAGACUAUUAAAGAAGAUUUAUAACAGUCUA